AUGCCACCAAAAUCCUGCACAAUGUUAACCCUCCUCAUGUCGCUAUUUUCCCUACUCUCCCUCACCACAAGCCACACCCUCACAUUCCAAAAUCUCUUCUCCUCUCCACGUCUCAUAAUUUUCACACCCAACAGCGACAGCUAUUCCAUCCCGCCCCAAACAGUAGCGCCAUCUCAACUCCUUUCCCUCUCCGUCCCUGACUGGAGCGGCAAUUUCAAAGCCGUAGAUCCUGAUCUCUACGACAUAGAACAUCCAGGACUGGAAAAAUACAUUCUGGGAGAAGUAUGUUUUGGAUGUUGGCAAGAUAUCACGUUUUUUUAUGUCAGUGCGAUUUGGAAUUGUUGUGAUAAUGAGGGGGUGCAUUGGAUGUGGGGGUAUGAUGAUGAUAGGAAUAGGACUGGGGAGGGAGAGUAUGAGCCAACUAGAGAGGAUGCCAUUGAGGGGGAUAUAUCUGGAUGUGAGAGGUUUCCGUGUGAGGAGGUUUAUAAUGAGAGUGAUGAUGUGCAGACGAAGACGACGACGAAACAUGCGAUUUGGGUUGUUUUGGGCCCGUAA